GUUGUUACUUUCUGAUUGUUGUUGUUGUUUAUAUAGAUAAUUAUUAAGGGUAUUAAAUUAAUGUAAAGAUGAGUAGGAUGACGAAAACAUUGAAAGCUGUUCAGCGGGAGCUACAGAGUGUGAAACCGAGCACUGAGUCUCCACGAGCGCUGGACAUCUCAUCCAUAGAGAAAGCCAGUUUCUUUCAGGGAGAUCAGUAUUCUCCUCACGGGAACCCGCUUCACAGCACAGCUUUAGAGGAAGACCCGAGUCCUGGACCAGAACAGAACCGGAGAUCUGCUGUGGAAACUCAUAAAGCUAAGGCUAACGAAAAGACCCGAGUCGUUUCUAAGAGCGCCUCAUCCAAGGAGAACCAGGAACCGCCUCGGACCCCAGAUCCAGGAGGAAAGUCCGUCGUCAGAAAAUCUAAAGGAACAUCUUUACCGACUAUAUCAGAAGGCGGAGAGAAUACAGACAAGAAAAGAACGGCAGGGUCCGAGAAAGCAGGAAAAGGUCAGAGGUCAUCAAAGGAAACCUCUCCGACCCCAGGAGUGUCUCGGAGACAGAGGUCACCGGCGUCCUCAGAGGAGCUCACGGAUGAGGAUGAAAGUUUUCACCCGAGCAUGGAGAAACCUAAAGCGGCGAAGAGGAGAUCUUCCAGUCGCCGGCAGAGCGGCCACAGACACAAGAGGAAGUCUUUAUCUUCGUCAGAGUCAGCCGGUCCCGCUAAAAAACCCAGAGAUCUGAGAAGUGCCACUGAUCUCGACGUGGUGCUCGACGCUUUCCAGGAGUUUGUCACUCAGUAUAAGGAGACCAUAAGCUCUGACGCCGUGAAGCGCUCCGUCGACGCCGUCAGCCGCUCGUUCGAGGAGCAGAUCUCGGAGAUCAUCACAGCCACAAAGGAACUCAAGAGUGUGAAAAGAUACAAUAACAAGAUCAAUAGAGAUGUUAACCAGAAGAGGACCAGGCUUGUGGAAGCCAGUUAUGAACUCAUUAAGGGAAAGACGAAGCUGCGUGAGCUUCAGAAAGAUCACGAUGAGAUGCAGCUGAGGCUCAGAUCUCUGAGAGAAGGGUCCGCUUUGCUCUCCAGCCUUCAGGAGCUCAACAUGAAGUACCUGACGCACCGCACCGCUCACCCCAAUGAAGUGGAAACGUAUGGUCCAUCGUGUAUGCCUGCCAUGUUGAUGGAAGCCAGGGGCAUCAUGGGAACAGAACAUCAGCUAAAGACCGUCAAUGACAAUCUACAGCAGGUUUUAGAUGAAACAGAAAAUCAAUAAUCAACUCGGCAAAUAAACAUAUUUAAUGGAAUGGUAGUUUGUCAGACUAUUUAUUAGUUUGGGGAAUUUAUUGUAACUGAAAUAUUGUGUGUAUACUUAG